CGAAAACACGAGUGAGGUUUAUAAAAGCACAUAGCGGUUCAAGAAGUGAUGGGUUAAAAAAUGUUUGCAGGCUAUUUGUGGCCUGUCGCUUUACACGCAGCAUACAGACAGAGCAUGGAGACACUUCUUUUUCUAUUUCCUCAAUUCAACUACAUGGCCCCAAAGGAGGAAGCAUAUUUCAAAAUGCUUAGUCCAGAGCACUUGCAGGCACCAAAGAUGAAGGACGAUUCGAGCAGACAGAAAGACAAGGAGAGGAAGAGUCGACUAAGCCUUUUUCUCACCAAGUCGGGCUCCCAUGAAAACGUCAGUCCCCAUAAAAAGACAAAUCCAACGGCAAGCAACAUCUCACCAGAGGCAGCUUUGCAGUGGAGCGACUCCUUUGAAGAACUGCUGAAGCACUCGGAUGGGGUGGAAACCUUCGGACAGUUCCUCAGGACAGAGUUCAGUGAGGAGAACAUUCAGUUCUGGUUGGCCUGUGAAGAAUUCAAGACCAUUGAUUCUGAGACAAAGCUGCUGUCUAAAGCCAAAUGUAUUUAUACAGUAUUUAUUGAAUCGGAAGCCCCUAAAGAGGUCAACAUUGACUACAACACCAAGAUGGCCAUCAAGAAGGACAUGGCACAGCCCACAAAGAGCUGUUUUGAGGCCGCACAGAUGAAAGUCUACAGCCUGAUGAAAAAGGACUCCUACCCUCGCUUCCUGCACUCUGACAUUUAUAUGCGUCUCACCAGGCAGAAAGGCCCCGGGGCCAACAUGUUUCGCAGAAGGUCACGCUCCUGUGUAUUCAAUGAGCGAGGCGAGGUCACCACUGAACCCUCGUCCUGGCAGCUGUAACGUCCUGGGCGAAGUCGGUCGCUCUGUGAAACAGAUUAAACAGGAGAUAAUCCUUGAUUUGCAGCACAGUUAGUGGAGCACAGAGCUUUAUUAUUCACAGGUUUGCUUCUGUAAAGUGCAUAUGUUUUCUUUUUCUGUAUAACCCCAGGGGUCAUAGGGGAAUAUGCAUACAAAUUACAGGGAUAUACAAUUAAGGCAAUCAUUUUUAUAAUUUGUGAAAUACAUCUAUUUGCUCUCUGUGAGUUACACAUGAGGGUCAAUACCUGUCUCCAGUGUGUAUAUAACAAGCUAAAGCCAGCAGCCGGCUAGCUUGGCUUAUUUUAAGUGAUGGAAACAGGGGGAAAUUAGCCUGGCUCUGUCCAGUAUUAAAACAUCACAUCUGAAACUCACUACACUCACUAAGUCACUCACCAGCACGUUCCAUCUUUUCUAUUUAAAGGUUCAGUCUGUAGAAUUUAGUGACAUCUAGUGGCGAAGGUGCAUGUUGCAGCUCUCUGUAAAGUAUUUAAAUAUAAAGGGCCCAUUCCAAUUCAUUGAAUUUAGAUGAAACGCUCUAGUGAAAACAUCACUAGGAUUAUUUUAUAUCCACUUUGUGCCAAUAGAUCCCUUUCACCUAAAUCGUACACAUUGGAACUUUAAUCUGCACUAGAGGGUACAUGGAAGUUUUAGUUUGCUGUUACCGGUAUUUAUGCUAAGCUACGCUAACUGACUGAUAUCCACCAUACAGACACGAGAGUGAUAUUGAUCUUCUCAUCUAAAUCUUGACAACCAAGCGAAUGAGUUUGUUUCCUCAGAUGUAGUUUUUCUUUCAGUACUAGACUACGCAGCUCGAUAAGAGCAUGACACCAUUGGCCUUUCAGCUGUAAGAAUACAUUUAGAAAGGUUACAAGGCCGCGCCGUCACAGCCUUGUGGUUAUCUGAAAAUAGCGAAGGCCCUCUGGCCGGGUAGAAGUAUGUGGCCACAGAGAAUAGCGUAUCUGUCUGUCUAUCAGUAUAAAACCAGAGGAAUCCAUCUUGUCAUAGCCUUUCUCAGAGGCACUGAACUGUUUCUGGAUUGAACCUGAUGAUUUCUAAAGUACUUCAACUCUUGACAAAACUUCAUUGACAGCGGUAGACAGAAUCUCUAACUGCUUCUCUCUAGCUCCACUGUACAGGCCUCCGCACUGACCUCAGACAUGCCACAUUUCCUCAUCUUCCAAACCAGAGACAGCACUUCAAACCACAUAAUUACAGUUCAUUUAGUGUAUGUAAAUUGCCCAUAUAACAUAAUAACAUAUUCAUGAUUUUAGCCCUCGCACUGUCCAAAUUGCCUCAGGUCUCACCUGCAGUGGAAGCCUGCAGCACUGUAGAGAAGCUCUGAUACUUUUUAACGAGGGAUACCGAUCUCUCAUUUCUAUUAACAAUUAUAAUGUAUUCUCACACACAAAAUAUGCAUGGAUCAUAUUUGAAUACUAAUAUCUUAUUAAUCAUGAUUGCUGAUUUUCAGUUUACUACCAUCUAAUAUUAUUUAUGCCUUUGUUGUGAUCAUAUGUGUGUUGCUUGCUGUUGUAAAUGUACAUAUCAUAAUAUGUGAAAUAAUUCAAAUAAACACUUUCUUAUAAAA